GUUCACCGUCGUCGUCAGCCAGUGUCUAUCCACUGCUGGAUGAUCAUCACCUCGACCACACGCCUUGUGGUGCUUAUUUGGCCAUACUUUGCCACGCUGUGCUGUGCGCUGUGCGGAGAAGUGCGGUUAACCUUGAGCUUACAACUCGACUCACAGAAGCUUGUCCUCUCAAACUGCUGACCACCACGACACCGAAGAGAUGGCUGCGGCUCCUCAGAUCCCCGAGAUUAUCCGCAUUAAACGGGACGGCGGUGUCCUGAAGGACGCGGACAUCGAGUUCUUUGUUCAAGGAGUGGCGAAGGGAACCAUACAGGACAGCCAAAUCGGAGCAAUGCUCAUGGCGAUACGGCUGCAAGGGAUGAACGCAAGUGAGACCGCGGUGCUGACGCGUGCAAUGCUGAGCUCAGGAGAACGCCUGCCGUGGCCCAAGGAGUGGCACGGGCUGGUGGUGGACAAACAUUCCACCGGUGGGGUCGGUGACAAAGUGAGCCUUUCCCUCGCGCCGGCGCUCGCCGCCUGCGGAUGCAAGGUGCCGAUGAUCAGCGGGCGAGGGCUGGCCCACACGGGGGGCACGCUUGACAAGCUCGAGUCCAUCCCAGGGUUCUGUGUGCAGCAGAGUCAGCAACAGAUUCUGCGUAUCUUGGAGACGGUGGGCUGCUGCAUUGUGGGGCAGACAGAGAGUCUGGUUCCUGCAGACAGAAUACUCUACGGGAUCCGUGAUGUGACGUCGACAGUGGACAGCAUCCCGCUAGUGACCGGGUCUAUCAUUUCUAAAAAGGCAUGCGAGAACCUAUCUGCCUUAGUCCUGGAUGUGAAAUUUGGAAAAGCUGCUUUCUACAAGAGUGAAGCUUCCGCUCGGGAACUUGCCAUAUCAAUGGUCGAUGUGGGAACACAAUGUGGUAUUCGCACAAUUGCCGUGCUGAGUAAGAUGGACAAUCCCAUUGGACUCCGGGUUGGCAAUUCCCUGGAGGUGAUGGAGUCUGUAGAAUGCAUGCAGGGCAAAGGUCCAGCUGAUUUGGUACAACUGGUCACCAAGCAAGGUGGCGUGCUGCUGAACGCAAUCGGCAAGGUGGGAUCGGCUGAAGAGGGCGAGGAACGGAUAAGGAGCGUGCUGCUGGAUGGCUCUGCCUUGGCCAAGUUCGAGGCGAUGUUGACGGCGCAGGGUGUCGAGGCAGGCGUCGCUCGCAGGCUUUGCAGGGAUUCUGAUUUUUCUGGGACAAUGAAGCCAGCCAAGUUCUCCACGGAUUUGUCGGUGGAUCAAGAUGGGUUUGUCCAGUCGAUAGAUGCAAUGGCCUUGGCCAUAGUUUUGCAGAAGCUGGGAAUGGGACGUAGUCAGGUGGGCGACCCGGUAAACCACAGCGUCGGCGUCCAGAUCCUCGCUCCCGUGGGACACCGCCUCUCCCGAGAUGAGAAGUGGAUUCGUGUGUUUCACGAGGAGGCGGAGCUUGCGGGCGAGCACGUUGCUGCUCUGCAGGAGUCACUGGACAUCGGACCCGUCCCUUGUGCUCCUAUCACACUCGUCACUGACAUCAUUACAGCAUCGUCAUGAGGCUGAGAGCAGGUGGCAGGAGGUGGUCUUGCUUAGCUGGGUCUAUAUUCAUCUUCUUGGUUCUUUCGGUAAAGUCACAUAGAAUGGAAAUAAUAAAAUAAUAAAAAUAAAACAUAAUAAAAUUAUUCUCACGACGUUUCGGCCACAACGCAAGCAGCCGUCCUCAGGCGGAGAGCAAGUCUGUCGAGUAGACAGAGUCUAUGAUGUUUUAUUUUUAUUAUUUUGUUAUUUCCAUUCUACGUGACUUUACCGAAAGAACCAAGAAGAUGAAUCCCUGUAGUCACGAAAGCUUUAAAUCGAAAUUUGGGUCUAUAUUGUUUAGCUAUGCAGCCUAUGGCAUUAAAUAUGGCUUUGAACUAGUUUUUCUAAAACUAUGCCCUUUAUAUACAGUUGGAGAAGCACAGGGGAUGCCUGGGGCAGUGCAGAUCUCACUUGCCACUGAUGUUAACCGUGGCUUGGAAUGGAACGUAAGUCACCAUGUUCAUAGAGCAGUUCAUUAACCCACAGUGUGCUACCACUCCACUCCCAGUAAGUUUGUAUUACUGUCUAAUGUACUGGACAAUCUUAUUGACAUACCUCAGAGUGGUCAAGGUAGAGUUGAACGAUUGUAAAGUCACAGGUGACAUGUGUAUAUGGUUUAUAUGGGUGGUACAAGCAUUGCAGCAGCAGAUGAUGAUGUAUAAACACUGCAUUGAGCUAAAAAUUAACUUUCACCACACAUUACCGCAGGCAUCUUCAGAGCAGAUUCUUCAGAGAAGAUGCCCGCAGGAGUGCGUAGUGAAAGCUCGAGAGAUGUAAUGUUUGACAUGCAGCAGCUCAACGUGGAAGAACACAACACUUUGAUUAUGAGUGACUGUGAAAAUCUACGUGCUAAUCAUACAACAUGUUAAUCAUUUAAUACUGCCAUGGGCGGUGGUCUCACCACACCUACAUUUACAAUGAGAUUCCACUGCCAACAAUGAUUCCCUUUUACGAGGUAUGAUCGAAUAUAUGUGACAGUGAAAUAAAGCUGUAACUUAUAACGUGAA